GUGAAAUCCGAUAAGAAAACCGCGAAGAUCUACCGGCGUGCUGUGGAGCUCGGAGAUGUGCGGUCGAUGGUAUCUCUUGGGAGAAUGUACGAGCAUGGGGAAGGCGUCAAGCUGGACAAGAAGAAGGCGGAGCGGCUCUAUCGCGCGGCAGCAGACCGGGGCCACCCAGACGCGCAAUGCAAUUUGGCGUUUUUACUUGAUUCUGAGGAGAAGUAUGAAGAAGCGUUCCCGUACUACGCGCUCUCGGCGGAUCAAGGUUAUACACGUGCAGAGCACAACCUUGGCUGCUGUUACACGCUCGGAAAAGGCACGGAAGUCGACCUCGGCAAAGCCAGGUACUGGUUCGAGCGCGCCGCUGCCAAGGGCCGCAAAGAAGCUAUAACGGCCCUCGCGGCCCUCGACGCGCGAAUCCGCGCGCGCAUCGCGGCGGAACACGAGGCGGCCCGCAUUUACCUGCGCGCUGUGGAGCUCGGAGAUGUGGACGCGAUGAAAUACCUUGGAAAAUUGUACUGGGAUGGGAGUGGCGUCAAGCUGGACAAGAAGAAGGCUAUGCAGCUGUUUCGCACGGCCGCAGAUCGGGGCGACGCGGUCGCGCAAUGCAAUUUAGGGAUUUUACUUCAUUCUGUGGAGAAAUUUGAAGAGGCGGUCCGGUACUUUGUGCUCGCGGCGAAUCAAGGAUAUACCGAUGGAGAGCAUAACCUUGGCGCCUGUUUCUACGAUGGCAUAGGCACGGAAGUCGACCUCGGCAAGGCCAGAUUCUGGUUGGAGCGCGCCGCUGCCAAGGGCAACGAGCUCGCUAUGGAGAAUCUCGCGCGCCUCGACGCGCGAGAUAUUGCCUAA